UAUAUGUAUGUACAUAUAGGUUUUUAUUCGUCUGCUACAGUUUUUGAGAAAGCAGUCUUUAUUAAGCCUGUAAUAAGACGUGCGGGAGUUUAGUUUUUCAUAAUUUUUCUUUUAUUUUAUAGUAUUUCUUCGAGUAUUUUAUUCUAUUAUUAUUUAGAAGGUCUGUAUACUAGAAAUCGGGCAAACGUCCCGUUUGAAGAUUGCACGGAAAAACUAAAAUAUUUUCUACGCAAUUUAAGCUUUUGAAACUAUUCUACAUAUUUAUAAACGUCGAGUUAGAAUAAUUCAGAUACUGUACAGCCACACAAGACCAUGAUGGAGCCAGAUAUUCAGAGAAAAGUCCAUCAGUUUGAAACAUUUAUAAAUGAUGUACUACGACAAGAUCUCGCAGCGCUUGAAAAGAAGCUAGAUGAAAAGAAUUCUGAGAUCGCUGAAUUUUUGCAACUGAAAAGUGUUAUAACCACAUUAAAAAAUGUAGGCGCUGAAAAAGAUGGCUACAAAACAAAGGUUGAUCUGGGAUCUAAUUUCUUUAUACAAGCCAAUGUAGAGGAUGCAUCACACAUCCUUCUCGAUGUUGGAUUGGGACAUUUUGUCGAGUUCACGUUGGAUGAAGCAUUGGUAGUGAUUGAUGUCAGGAUAAAACUAUUCGAAAGACAAGUGGCAAACUUAAGAAAGGAAAUCGCCAAUACCAAUGCACACAUAAAGUUGAUCUUGUUGGGUAUAAGAGAUCUGCAGGGAAUAGAUAAAUAGUAGUUUUAAUUUAGACAUACAAUCUUCAAACUAAUAAUGUGUAUAUAGAACAUCUUGUAUAUAUAAAAUACUUUGUAAAUAUUUUACUUUUUGUACUUUAAGAAAAAAUAAAGUUUAACAUUCAAUUUUUGUA